UGCAGGUGUAUUUCGACUGUCAAAUCAUUCAUGAGUGCAUGAUUUUUUUUUUUUGAAACUACGAAAUAAUCCGAUUGCCGGACCGGUAGCUAAAAAAAGUCGUGAUCGUUUCGAGUAAUAUGUUUUAUUCUGGAACAAAAUUUUGAUUACAAUUGCUCUGAUUCAUUCGUUCAUAAACAACAUUAGUAAUGUCGCGAGAAAUUUUAACCCUGCAACUGGGAAACUAUGCUAAUUAUGUAGGAACGCACUGGUGGAAUAUACAGGAGGCUUCCUUUCGCUAUGACCCUACUGCAGAGCCGACAGAAAUUGACCAUGAUAUAUUAUACCGCGAGGGUCAGACGACCAGUGGGCUGACAACGUUUACGCCCAGAAUGCUGUUGCUGGAUUUGAAGGGCACGUUAAAAUUUAUGCCUGAAGAAGGAGAGCUGUACGGAGAACAUCAAAAGGCACAGUCUGAGCAAAUUCUAAGUGAAGUUGCAUGGGAUCCUGAUAGAGUGGAAGUAAUCAGUCAUAAACUGGCGGAAAAAUGCGAAUAUCAAAAGGAUUUACAGUUAGACAUAGAGUCGAGUGAGUGUGAGGAUGAUCAUGAAAAAGAUUACAAUUUCAAAGACACCGUAAGUGAUUGGAUCGAUUAUAGCUAUUCUAGAUUCCAUCCCAGAAGCAUCAACAUUGUGAAUGAAUAUGUUCAUUCUAAGGAAGAAAACCAAUUCGAUACUAUUAUUAAUGGAUUGCAACUAUGGGGCCAAACGAAUCUCGAAGAUGAAUUUGGAGAUAAAGUUCGACAAUACAUUGAAGAAUGCGAUAGUUGUCAAGGUUUCCAAGUGUUGUUCGAUUGCGUCGAUGGAUUUGCUGGAUUGGCAAUUAAAACCCUCGAACAUCUACAGGAUGAGUACAACAAAACAAGUUUGGUGUUUCCUGUGAUUCCUCCAGCGUUACCUAAUUUCAAGAAUGCCGAUGAAACAACCAACAUGUCGAUUAGAGUAAUCAAUUCAGCCUUAGCAUUUUCAGCGUUAGUGGAGUCCUGCUCACUAUUUGUACCACUUUCAACCAUGGGUCGAUGUUGGAGAGAUCUGGAUAAACCCCGUGUGUUUCCACACAUUUCUUAUGACGAAAACAAUCUUUAUCAAACAUCGGCAAUAUUAGCUACUUACUUGGAAACUGCCUCCCUUAGAUACCGCUUAAAGAAUCCAACCACUUUGAGCCACCUGUCCAGUCUGUGCAGUGAGCUAACUCCCUAUGGAAGGAAAAUGGCUGCAGCCGCUUUAGCUUUACCUGUGAGUAUGCGUAACUCUGAGGACUUUAUAGAUUUUCUGGAUCGGAACGAUGAAGCCUUCUCUGUUCCGCUUACCCCGAAUUGCACGAUUGGUACUAAAUACGUGGUACAAUCAGUAUGCAUCCGCGGUAUACCGAAAAAUCGUCUAAAGAGGCCACCAACGGCGAAAUUUGCACAAAAACAGCAACGAAUGGCCGCGUAUCGAUGUAACUCCGUUAGUGAGAUGUUGCAGUUUUAUUAUCAUUGUCAGUUACACGCCAGCUUAUCGCAUGUAAUAAGUUGUAAUGCCCCAAUGGAUUUGAAAGUACCGUUUCCUGUGGAAAUAUUCGAUUCAAGAAUUUGUUUCGAUGGUUUCCUAAACGAAUUCGAUCCAGGUGUUAAGCAAAAAGUCGCUUCGGCACCAAUCCUAGCACAAAUUCAAUCUACAGGUGAGUUGGCAGAUACACUUGACAGCCUACAUCGCGAGGUCAGUCGUAUUAAGUUGGCCAGAAUACCACGCUUCGGGGAAAAUGGUUUGGAAUCGGAAAAUUAUAAAGACAGCUUAGAACGGUUACUAGGGUUUAAGGAGCGGUAUGAAGAUAAUUAUGAACUUUAGUUGAGAAUAUUCCACAAGCA